CCCGCCAUCCGCCGUGAGCCCUGCCGGCAUCAUGUCGGGUUUAACGGUGAGAGAUCCGGCCAUGGAUCGCUCCCUGCGUUCCGUGUUCGUGGGAAACAUUCCGUACGAGGCGACUGAGGAGCAGCUGAAGGACAUUUUCUCCGAGGUGGGUUCUGUCGUCAGUUUCCGGCUGGUGUACGACAGGGAGACGGGGAAGCCCAAGGGUUAUGGCUUCUGCGAGUACCAGGACCAGGAGACGGCGCUGAGCGCCAUGCGGAACCUCAACGGGCGGGAGUUCAGUGGCAGAGCGCUGCGGGUGGACAACGCCGCCAGCGAGAAGAACAAGGAGGAGCUCAAGAGCCUGGGGCCCGCGGCGCCCAUCAUUGACUCGCCCUACGGGGACCCUAUCGACCCAGAAGAUGCCCCCGAGUCCAUCACCAGAGCGGUCGCCAGCCUCCCCCCCGAGCAGAUGUUUGAGCUGAUGAAGCAGAUGAAACUCUGCGUCCAGAACAGCCACCAAGAAGCUCGGAACAUGCUGCUUCAGAACCCGCAGCUGGCGUACGCCCUGUUGCAGGCGCAAGUCGUGAUGCGGAUCAUGGAUCCGGAGAUUGCUCUGAAAAUCCUGCAUCGAAAGAUCCAUGUCACGCCUCUGAUCCCAGGCAAAUCUCAGCCGGGCGCGGGCCCGGCGCCUGGGCCGGGACCCGGCCCUGGGCCUGGGCCUGCCCCAGGCCCUGGCCCUGCUCCUGGGCUCUGCCCAGCACCCAAUGUUCUCCUGAACCAGCAGAAUGCUCCAGGUCCUCAGCCUCAACAUUUGGCCAGAAGGCCCGUCAAGGACAUUCCUCCUCUGAUGCAGACGCCUAUCCAAGGUGCAAUGCCAGCUCCUGGGCCCAUCGCAGCCGCCGUGCCUGGGCCCGGGCCCGGGCCCUUAACUCCUGGAGGGGCGAUGCAGCCCCAAGUCGGAAUGCCAGGGGUCGGCCCAGUGCCUUUGGAGCGGGGACAAGUGCAGAUGUCAGAUCCCCGCGCUCCUAUGCCUCGGGGACCCAUGACUGCGGGGGGCCUCCCCCCUCGAGGACUGCUGGGAGAUGCUCCGAAUGACCCACGUGGAGGAACUUUGCUUUCAGUCACUGGCGAAGUGGAGCCUCGUGGUUAUCUGGGCCCGCCUCAUCAGGGCCCCCCUAUGCACCAUGCCUCUGCUCAUGACAGCCGUGGCCCUGCCUCCCAUGAGAUGAGGGGAGGGCCCAUAGGAGACCCCAGAAUGCUCAUGGGAGAACCCAGAGGACCCAUGCUAGAUCAACGGGGUCUGCCUAUGGAUGGUCGAGUUAGCAGAGAUGGCCGCGUGAUUGAACCCCGAGCCAUGGAAACGGAUGUCUUAGAGCCCCGAGUCAUGGAGAGGAGAGCAAUGGAGACCUGCGCAAUGGAAUCCAGAGGACUGGAGAUGAGGGGCCCAGUCCCCGGUGCCAGAGGCCACAUGGCCAGUGGAAUGCCAGGUCCUGGCCCCAUUAACAUCGGGGCAGGUGGACCUCAGGGACCCAGACAGGUCCCAAGCAUUUCAGGAGUGGGGAAUCCUGGAGGCAGUAUGCAAGGGGCAGGCGUACAAGGAGCAGGCAUGCAGGGAGCAGGCAUGCAGGGAGCAGGAAUGCAGGGAGCAGGCAUGCAAGGAGUGGGCAUGCAGGGUGCAGGUAAGCAGGGUGGAGGCCAGCCCAGCAGCUUCAGUCCUGGGCAGAGCCAGGUUACUCCACAGGAUCAAGAAAAGGCAGCUUUGAUCAUGCAGGUUCUCCAGCUAACCGCAGAUCAGAUAGCCAUGCUGCCGCCAGAGCAGAGGCAGAGUAUCCUGAUCCUAAAGGAACAGAUCCAGAAGUCCACGGGCGCUUCCUGAAAGGCUUUAGAGAAGUAGUGGCUGUAGUUUCAUUUUAUUCCUAGCAUGGAGAAUGGGUACAAAAGCUGACCUGUGUAUUCCUACAUCUGAAUGGUUAUGGUUAAUUUCUUAUAAUGUUAUUUCUUGUUGUCUAUUUCUUUUGUUGUUAUUUUUAAUUGAGGUAAGGGAAGAGAAGGGUGGGUGUGAGUUUUUGUUGUUGGUUUUUUUUUUUUUAAAGUCACUGUACAUAUCCCAAAAUAACUCAAUAUGAUUAUACCAAGUAGGAAUGUGUGGCAAUAUGGAUGUUUUUGCAAUGUAACUGCAUUUUUGAAAUAGUUAAAACUGAAAGCUGCAUAUGAGAACUAAAAGGUGACCUGUUAAAAACAGUAAUGUGCUAAAAAAAAAAUGGAAAAUGUACUGAGAUAGUUUAAGGGUUUUUGGAACCAAAAACAUCUAAUUUCAGAAUUAUAAGGUAAUUUUUGGCAAGCCCUUUAGAAUACAGAAUCCUAUUUUGGAAGCAAUAGAGUGCUGUGUUAGUUUAAGUGUUAUGUAAGUCAUUUUGGACAUGUUUUAGUGUGUUAGAGGUAACAGGAUUAGUUUAAACUGGUGGUGUUGGAACCACACAGCUGCACAAGCUUUUUGCCUGAAGAAAAACGUCAAGCUUUGCAUCCGGCUUGCUGUUGCUUCACUGAUGCCAUCCCUUAACCCGUUGUGGUUGGGAUGCCACGGCGGGGACAGUUCUAGGAUAGACCGAAUUACUGAAGUCUACUCUGAUGAGGCCCGGUAUUUUUCUCAGCACGUUUCUAUUUCUCAAUAAUCUUUAAGCCCUAAGUGUGAAUAGUUUACUCACAUUCUUCCUGAAAUAAGUAACAAGGGGCUAUCGAAUCUGGAUUUCUUUUUUCUACUCCCUCCCCCCACCCCGGCCACCCCCAUUAAAAAAAGCUGAAGUAUUCAUUCUGUAAAACUUUUCUGGUAACAAGCCUCAAUACGCAAAUGGUAUCCAUUUGGUCAGGCAGAAUUAGGAGUUAAAACAUCUGAGAUUGAACAAACUGAACCUGCCUUUUGGUGUUUCACCGAUCACUUUUUUUUUCCACUUGACAUCUCUAAUUGACAUCCAGGCCCUAAUACAGUAACUCAGUCUCUGUAAACGUACGCCUGAGACAUUAAAACUUAGCUGAGAGGUGGCACCUAUUCCCGUUUCCUUUACAACUACCCAGUUUAAUUUUUUAAGACUCGAGGAUGAGGACGCAGAAGUAACUUGUAGUAUAGAGCAAGCAGUGAUUAACAGAGCAUCGGCUCCCAAGUAACCAGUGUUCUUUCUCUCAAAAGCAAAAACCGGUAUCUAGUUAAAGAGGGUUAACUGUGGAAAGAGCUGAGACUUUAAAAUUGCAUUAUUUUCCCUUUGCAAGGUGUUUACAUUGUAAUUCACAAAUUUUCGUCCUUAUGCUGUUUCCUAUUUCUGUUUUACUCCUGUUGAAGUUCAUACUGUUAACGUUCCCGUGGUUUUUGUAUGCUUCCCCACUGCUGGAAAGGUUAACUAUGUGUAUGACAGUUCUGGGUAACUUUUGUUUAUGGUUGACUGGCUUAUUAGUUACCUUAUCUAAAAUUCUAGUUGCUUUAUUUGGAAGCUUUUAUUAAAAGACUUUGUGAAAAUUCUGAAAUGUUAAUGCUCUUUGUUCUAGUAAAAUUUUUGGUUAAUGCAAGCUAAAUAAAAAGUGCAAUUAUGA